AUGUCGAUUUUUUUUGCAACUAUUACUGGAAUCCCAUCGUUUUUUCAUAGUUCAGCAAAACGAUCGUACGCUCUUGCAUCUACAUCGGCUAGACGUAUGCCAACAAUUGCUGAGACAAGAUGGUCGUCUAAUUCAAAAUUAAUCAGUCUAAUUAUUGAAGACUGGGAAAAAUUAAAAGAGGUUUUUGAUAAUAUAAUGAAUUCUGAAGAGCCAGACCGCAAAUCAGUUCAGCUGGCUAAAGGAUUUGUAAGAGAUUUAAAAGAUUUUGAGUUUACAUUUAUAGCAACAGUUUUUAGCGACAUUUUUCAUAUAACAGAUAUUUUAUAG